UCUUGCUAUCGGCACUCUAGUCCGUCCAAUCCACUGUAUCACAUGCUUGUUCGUCGUUUGUUGAGAUGUCGAUAGGGUACACAGAGUUUCGGGUACCUUGCAGAUCACACCAUCCACGUCACAACAGCGGGUUGCAUAAUCCUCGAUCGUCCACAACGUACAGGAAUGAUUAAGACGAGAAUAACAGUCCCCAGAAAACCAUGAUUUGCCCAAGUAAUGAACUAACUACAUAAGUAUGGGCACUUGCCUACAUUAAUGGACAACCUCAGUGGCAACAGCCUCAAACGUGCAUACGGACACCAAAUCGAGCCUCAACCCCGACAGGCCUCCAGCAAGGAUGCGAACCACCAUAUCGGAAGGAACGCCAAGCAUACGUAAUACUGGGUAAUUACAAUCACCUUGAUAACACGGGUGAACCGUGACCUGCAGGUACACCACCACUUCAAGUACCACCGUCUACCAUGUCCACACCCUCAACCCCGGUCCCGCAAUGACGAUAGAACUAAACAUCCUCUCGGCGCGCGUGACGUUCGAAUUUGGCGGUAAAAAGCCUGCUAAGGACGAGAUCAAAUCUGGCAAAGAUUGUGGUUAUGAGAAUAGGAAACAUGCACCUCCAGGACUGGCAUCCGCGUCGGACGAAACUCUGGUAGACGAGGAAGAUACAUUCAACCAGCAGGAAACAAUCACCUGGAUCGCCGGCGUAGGCGACGUAUGCCACAGCGCCAUACUCAACACCACCCCCUCCACCCACCAACGGCCGACCAAGCACCUUCCUCCCCUCUCAGAAAAAGCCCCCCGUACCUCACCCUCCAAACCACCACCCCUCACCCACCACACAACCCUCCAACGCCACUGCGCCUUCUGGGCCCCCCCAAACACCUCCCUAAUCUACCCCUGGCACAUCUACACCGGUUUCCAGCGCCUCGGCUUCAACGCCCUCCUCUGCCUCUGGGCAGCUCUCACCCUCCCUCUCUGUGCAUCCUACAACACACAGUCCACCUGGAUCCCCCAUCCCCUCUUCGCCAUCAACAUCGACAACAUGGCCGCCAAUCGACACGGUAGCAGCACGGGCACGUACGACAUGAACGGCGAACUGGACGAGCGUCGCUUCGAGGCCGUUUUUGAAAAGUACGCACGGGGCGGCGAGUAUCUGACGGGGCGGGAUAUAUGGAGGGUUUGGAAGGACAGGAGGUGUGCUAACGACUUUUUUGGCUGGUUUGCUGGGGGGCUAGAAUGGGUUGCUAUGUAUAUUCUGCUUUGGCCCGAGGAUGGCAAGAUGAGCAAGGCGGAUGUUAGGGGGGUUUAUGAUGGGUCGGUGUUUUAUCGGAUUGCGGAGCGGAGGUCGGGGGGUACGAGGACGUAGGCUGGAGGAGAGGCUUGGGACGGAAUUAGAAUGGAAA